AUUAAUGGGCUACUCUUACAAUUUUGGCAAUUUGUCAGUUCCUUUGUAAAGUUUUCAUCCAUGAAUUGUGCACCAUCAGCACAAAUCAGCCCAGAGAGUUAUUAACAGAAAGGCACUAUUUGAAAAACGAUAUUUUGUAUUUUGAUCAAUGAAUUUCUUUUACAGACGUUAGACAAUGCAAAAAUACUUGACAUGGUUGCGGUCGACCAAGGGAUAGCGACAGAUAUCAACAGUUCUAAACUUCACGGUCGUCAUGCCAACUAUGUCAAAGAAUGACGUCAUUAGCGAGAAGGUAUGUAAGGCCGGACGCGUAACCUGUCCAUUUUAUUCAAAAUCUUUCAUUGUAGAUUACACGAUGCCGUCAAUGGACACAUUUGCUUGAUAACAUCGAUUGUAACACGUUUUUUCCUGCUUUUGUUGUGUCUUACUUUAUGACUGUACAACACCAGUGGCAAAGAGCGUGAGCUACGAAACUCAUUCAGUGAUUGGUUAUCGUGAAUAAAGACCAUUUCAUCUAGAUUUUACCUAGCACGUCCAUUCGUUUUGGCACAUGAAAGUCGUCUCCUAAAACCGAAGCUUCUCGUGGCUACGGUCAGUGAUUGCUCACUCACCGUGUAAAUUCCUUUCGCCGUGAUGCUGGCUCAUUCAUCACCUAUAAUUAGAUACGGGCGAGAGAGGCCGGUAUAAAAGACAUGCCACACUCGCGUACUCAAACAAACACGCUGCUGUGUCAUCGCAAACCAAAACAUUGUGAAAAGCAAAAACAUAACUAUGGGAAAAUCAGUGAAUCUACCGGUCCCAGUACUUGGAAAAUGGAGAAAAUUACAGGACACUAGAGAUAUAUACGAUAUCUUGGGAUAUCUAGUACAGAUUCCACUUCAAAUUCUGUUUAUGUUGGGAACUUUAUGCCUUGCGUUACAGAUUACAUGGAGAAAAUUUCGACCACCACUACACGGCGCUAAACCACAGAUAGUACAAGAUGAAGAGGUUCACGAACCUCYGCGAGAAAUUACUCUUAAGGAACUGGAGAGUUUUAAUGGUAUACAAAAAGACAAAAUAUAUGUAGCAGUGAAUCAUCAAGUUUUUGAUGUUACAUCGGCCUGGGAGUAUUUUGGACCCGAAGGACCCGAUUCAUCGCUCGCCGGACGGGAGGCAAGUCGCGCACUCGUGAAACUAACCUUACAGAAAGACAACUCGAGGAUGGAUAACUUCUCAGAUUUUAGCUCUAUACAACUUGAUUAUUUAUUUGAACUCGAGACUCAAUACCGUGAAAGAUACCACCAUGUGGGGGAACUAGUCGAAAAAAAGCAACCACAGCAGUUACAGAAAUUAUGUAUUGAAGUUAUUCGAAAGUCCCUUCAGAGAAGAAAACUCUCCAGCUCUCCAGACGAACAAGUCAAUGAGUUACCGCUUCCUAAGAGACUUCAACAAGAAAUAAUCGACUUCUACAGAAUUAUAAAGGACUAAAAACUGAUUUUUUGACAAAAAAGAAAAGGCUUUACAUACUGUAAAUAUUUUGUAUAUAACGUGGGAAGAAUUUUGUACAUUUGAUAAAAUAGUUCGAAAAAUUUGACAAGAUAUGGAAACAAGGUAAUUGAACAUAGUAUUUUAUUAAGAAAUCGAGUGCUUGUAAAUAUAUAGAUAURAGUCGACUGGUUUUCGACUUAAAAGCAAUGAAUUUUUGUUAUUACAUAGAUGAGAGUUGUUAUAAUAAUCUUUGUUGAGCAAAGUGGAAAAAAGAAUGAAAAAAAUGAAAUUAUAAUUUUCUUUAAGAAAACCUAAAUGGAUCUUUAUUGAUAUUUGACAUACUGAUGAUCCUGCUAUAUUAGAUCUCGUAAUUUUACUAUAUGCGGGAUAGAUGUAGGCAGCCAGGAACAUUAUUUGUAACCSAGUCAGAACUAGGAGAAGCAUGUGAUGAUUACAAAACAAAAUAAACAAUAAUUCAAAAAAGGGA